CUCUGUCCAAUGUUUUCGCUCAACUCCAUAUUCUCUUUCUCCACUUCCUGUCCACUCCUUUCCCUCCCCUCUUCCUCUUGACCAACUUCUUCCUCCCUCUCCUCCGCCAGCCUCCUCCGCCGCUGAGAGAUGGAGAUCUAACAGCAGCAUCCGGCUCCGCGGCGGUUCUCUCCUCCUCGCUCGGACGGAGGAACCAUGAAGCUCCGGCGGCUCCUGGCGGCGGCGAGCCUCCUGCUGACCGUCUCCUGCCGCCUGAGUGCGACCGCCAGACAUGGCUGUUUGUUUGACAAGAUGUUAUGUCCCCGAGAGCUGAUCUGCAGUGAUGAUGGUUUGUUUGGCAGCUGCCAGGAUCCUUGGCAGGAUCAGGUCCGGUACCAGGUGACCGUACCUGUGCUGCACAGCCUGCAGAAAGUACUGAAGGACCUGCUAGUGCAAGGUCUGACCUGGAAGGAUGAUGUGACUCAGGUCAUUAUUGGCCAAGAGCUGAGCCAAAUCCCCACCUCUGGUCUCGAGCGCCUGGAGAAGUCCAUCCAACAUCAGGCUGAUGACUUAGACGACCCAGAGGUUAUGCAGCAGUACCUGGACUACAUGGUUCUGGAGCCCUCGAGACCCUCAAGCAACAUGCAGAUCCCCAUGAUGGAUCCCAACUCUUACCACCAGAAGCGGGUCCAGUACCAAGACGAAGCUGAACGUUCUCUCAACUCUCUGAAUGACAACCCAACAUUCACCAUGCUGAGAUCACGUGGAGGCCCGUUAGAACAAGACCAGCAGCUGCUUCAGAACCUGGUGUCCCACUACCUCUCUGGGCCCUCCUCCUCUGCAUCCUCCUCCUCCCCAGCUCAGACACUAUCGUUCCACAGGGGGGCGCCCUCCAGGCUGUCCUCCCCCCAAUUCUUCCCAGGGUUGGACUUCCCACUGGACUACGCCGAUGACCUGGUGUCUCAGGUGGAUCAACUGAGGCAGGAGAAGAAUAUGGAGGGGCAGCAGGAAGAGCCACUGAGCGAUGUGCAGCGUCUCUCACAGCUGUUGGACCACUUGGGUUUGGACCUGAAUGACUUCACCCAUAGUCAGAGUGACAAGCUGCCGAGUGCUAUGAAGCAGCUACAGAUGGACACUACGUUCCCACGCAACCCCACCAAAGCUAAAUAUUUGAAGAAUUCUUCCGCUGAUAAGAAGAUCACAGAGGCUUCAAUGGCCUACAAGGUUCCAGUCCCUGAAGCCUUGCCGCUACCGGAGAAGCAGCCCAAUCCGAUGAAGGAAGAAAACAACAGGCCUGAGUCCAAAGAGUUGAAGUUCAUUGUCACAAAUAAAACUGACAUUGAACCUGCUGUUACAUUUCAAGUUCAACCAAGCUCCAAGAACUCUGCCAGUGAUGGUGAGAAUGUGGCAUCCAAGUCCAGUCUGGCUUCUCUCCAAAGUCACCUCGUAGAGAGUGAGAUCGGACUCUUUCCUGCCCCUGACCAGCAGAGUGGUGGGAAGGCGUUGCCCCUGGCAACCAUAGUCCAGCCUGCCUCAAGGUGGGUGUCUGCCUCCCUUAUCAUCAUGGCGUGCAUCGGCAGCGUUGUCGUGGUCGGCAUGACCAUUGUGUGCCUCCGGCAUCAUGCACACCGGUUAGCUGCUAAGAAGCUAGGGCUUGGACCUGAGGGAGGCGGAGCCUACAGUCAUCAAGAGUACCAGGACCUGUGUCGUCAGCACAUGGCCUCCAAAGGCGCGUUUGGACGUCUGGAGGCAGCCGCGCUGGGAGCUGUUGGUGGAGCCAGCGGUGGAGGGGCAGGACCUUCUGGGGUAGCCGCUGGAGGAGUAGGCGGCACUGACUCUAGAAUUAGCAGUGUGUCAUCUCAGUUCAGCGACGGAGCACAGCCGAGUCCAAGCUCUCAUGGCAGCACACCUUCAUGGUGCGAAGAACCUGCCCAGGCCAACAUGGACAUCUCCACCGGUCACAUGAUCCUGGCGUACAUGGAAGACCACUUGAAGAACAAGGGGCGUCUGAUGAAGGAGUGGGAGGGCCUCUGUUCCUACCAGGCUGAGCCUAGCAGUGUUUUAGUAGCCCAGAGUGACGUCAAUGUGAAGAAGAACCGCUGCUCUGACUCCGUCCCGUAUGAUCACGCCAGGGUGAAGCUCAAGGCCGAAAACAACCCUUCACGCUGUGACUAUAUUAAUGCCAGCCCCAUCAUUGAGCAUGAUCCUCGGAUGCCUGCCUACAUAGCCACUCAGGGGGCGCUUUCCCACACCAUUUCUGACUUCUGGCAGAUGGUUUGGGAGAACGGCUGCACUGUGAUCGUCAUGAUGUCCGCUCUGGUGGAGGACGGAGAGAAACAGUGUGAUCGAUACUGGCCAGAUGAAGGCUCCUCGCUCUACCACAUCUACGAGGUAAACCUAGUGUCGGAACACAUCUGGUGCAACGAUUUCCUGGUGAGAAGUUUCUACCUGAAGAACGUGCAGACACAGGAGACCAGAACCUUGACUCAGUUCCACUUCCUCAGCUGGCCAGCACAGGGAAUCCCAACAUCCACACGCCCCCUAUUGGAUUUCCGUAGGAAGGUGAACAAGUGCUAUCGUGGGCGCUCAUGUCCGAUUAUCAUCCACUGCAGCGAUGGCACCGGACGUACCGGGACUUACAUUCUAAUUGACAUGGUUCUGAACCGGAUGAGCAAAGGGGUGAAGGAGAUUGACAUCGCAGCCACGCUGGAACAUGUUCGGGAUCAACGGCCUGGGAUGGUUCGCACUAAGGAUCAGUUUGAGUUCGCGCUGACUGCAGUUGCUGAAGAAGUUAACGCCAUCCUGAAAGCUCUGCCACAGUGAAACUGUGAUGCCACCUCAAAGUUCCAGUCUGCCCACGAGACCUUCCAAUGUUUUUUUUCUAACUCUCACAACUUGACGUUUCCAUCAAACCUGAUUCAAACAAACAGUUUUUACGGGACAAUAGGGGCCUCUAGCUUUUCGCUUUUAAACCAGAUGAAUCAGCUUCUGGCAGAAUAUUUUGAUCUUUGCUGAAAGGUAAAGCAGAGGAAAAUACAAAGUUGGAACUCAUUUGGUGAACAAAACUCCCCAUUUACUGAACACGAAGAAGUGGAUCAUUUCUCAAAACUCAAGUAUUUCGGUGACAUGUCAGCAGGAGAGGCCCUUUAGAUGUUCAAGGAUACCUUCUACUAUCCUAGCAAAGCUGAAUGUUGUAAUCAUCUUUAUCAGCUUAUAAGUUUACAUUAAAAUUUCACACACAGAAUUAUGGCAUAAUUAUUUUUAGGUGAUGUUUAUGCUGAAUGGAGAAUAGUCUGCAUUAGAAAAAAAGAAAAACAAUGUAGAAUAUUAUAUUACAUUUCAAUACAUUUUUUAUUUUGGUCAAAGAAAUUCACCAAUUGGAGUGUCUUCUUCAAGUCUCUGAACAUCAUAAAUGAAAUGACCCCAAGAUCCGCUCUGAGUGAACUCAUGAUCAAUGGCAAAUGAAUCACACGUUUUGGAUCUGUUCUAAAUAUAACUUCAAGGAAGUUGUUAUCAACACACGAGUGGCCACGGUUGUGUUCCUUGCAUGGUCAUGUUACUUUGCAUGAGUAAGAAUCCACCAUAUCCACACAGUCCACUGUAGCCGACACUGUCAUAACAUUCUUUCCAAUAAUUUCAGAGGCACUGAAAAGGCUCAAAAACAUGGCAAACAUCACUGGCCACUCUUGUGUUGUUAACAACUCCCUUUAAGUUAUAGAUCCAAAAUAAUCAACUUCAGUGAGAUUAAAUGAGAUUAAAAAUGAAUCUACUGACAGCCGUAGUUAAUUACUAACUCUGCUCUUUUUGUUUCUAUUUCUCACAAUAAUCAAUGCUUGUGUUUGUUCGUGCUGCUCAACGUCGGUCCAUUUACUUGUUGUCGUUGUUUACCUGCUGCAAGUCAGAAAAUGAAAAAAAAAAUAAAUAAAAGAAAUAAUUAUAGUAAAACUAAAUCUAAGACAGAAAUAAAUCUAUUUUGUAAAUAUGAGAACAGAAAUAAAUCAUUUGUGUUAAGUGCUGCAA